CCUCCCAUCCCUCUCCUAAUCACUAAUCAUCCCCCUCUUAAACCCCCCCAAGCCCGCACCCCAACCGGCUGGCAGAGCCCGGCGGCACCCAUGGACUCAUCGGGCUCCGCCUCGUCCUACAAGCUGCAGCUCGCUCUCGCGGUGCUCGUCGGCGCCUCCUCCACCGCCGCCGCGGCCUACUACCUGCACUGCCGCGCAGUCGCGCAGGUCGGCGGCGACCUCGCCCGCUCCGCCUCCACCCGCCGCCGCCGGCCCCGCGCCCCCGCCGGUGCCAGCGGCGGCAAGCCCCCUCCGCCGCGCCGCGCCGCUGGCGGCUCGGCCUCGCUUCCCGACCUCUCCGCGUUCUACGAUGUCGGCGGCCGCGGCGGCGGUGGGGGGCUCGCCGCCGGCGGGUACCUCGUGGAGGAGGAGGAGGAGGAGGGGCUGGUGGGCCCACACGCGAACGGUGGCGCGCUCGACCCCGCCGACUUCCUCCAGAUCCCCGAGGGCUUGCCCAGGCUGCACGUGGGCCCCGACGGCAAUAAACAACUUGCCCGCUCAGGUUCAAACAGACGAGUUGCAGUAAUUAGACCUAACUCACCCAAGUCCCCUGCUGCCAGUGCAAGUGCAUUUGGGAGUGCAGAUGGAUCAGAUGAGGACGAUGCUACACAAAAUGGGGGUAAACUUGACAAUGGCUACAUUAACACAAAUGGGAACCUUGAAGGAGAACACAAAGGAAAUGCAAGUGUGGAAAAUGGGGCUACCAAACCAUUAGCAGCAGCAAACUUGAUACGAUCACAUAGUAUAUCCAAUGAUCUUCAUGCAGUUCAACCUGACCCAGUUGCUGCAGAUAUUCUUCGAAAAGAACCUCAGCAAGAAUCGUUUAUCAAGCUGUUAACUGCACCAAAGGAGAUUCCAACUGCUGAUGAGAUUGAGGUUUUCAAAAUCCUUCAAAAGUGCCUCGAGUUAAGAGACUCUUAUCUUUUUAGAGAAGAGGUUGCUCCAUGGGAGAAGGAAGUCAUAAAUGACCCCUGUACUCCAAAACCUAACCCCAACCCAUUCACUUAUGUGCCUGAACCAAAGUCAGAGCAUGUCUUCCAAAUGGUUGAUGGUGUUGUCCAUGUUUAUGAGGACAAGGAUUAUACAGAGAGUAUUUAUCCUGUGGCUGAUGCCACAGCCUUCUUCACUGACUUGCAUUAUAUUCUCCGAGUGACGGCUGCGGGGAACACAAGAACUGUCUGCCAUAAUCGGUUGAAUCUUCUUGAGCAUAAAUUCAAAUUUCAUCUGAUGUUAAAUGCGGAUAGGGAAUUUCUCGCCCAGAAGACUGCACCGCAUCGUGAUUUUUACAAUGUCAGGAAGGUUGACACUCAUGUUCACCACUCGGCAUGCAUGAACCAAAAGCAUCUGCUGAGGUUCAUAAAGUCCAAACUAAGAAAAGAACCUGAUGAGGUGGUCAUUUUCAGAGAUGGUACUUAUAUGACUUUAAAAGAGGUUUUUGAGAGCUUGGAUUUAACAGGGUAUGAUUUGAAUGUUGAUUUGCUAGACGUCCAUGCAGACAAAAGUACAUUUCAUCGUUUUGACAAAUUCAACCUAAAAUACAAUCCAUGUGGCCAAAGUAGGCUCAGAGAGAUUUUCCUCAAACAAGACAAUCUCAUUCAAGGCCGUUUCCUUGCUGAGUUGACAAAGCAAGUUUUCUCAGACCUUUCUGCUAGCAAAUAUCAGAUGGCUGAAUACAGGAUUUCAAUCUAUGGAAGGAAGCAAAGUGAGUGGGACCAACUUGCAAGUUGGAUAGUGAACAAUGAAUUGUACAGCGAAAAUGUUGUCUGGUUGGUUCAGAUUCCACGCUUAUAUAAUGUUUACAAGGAAAUGGGUAUUGUUACUUCAUUCCAAAAUCUUCUUGACAACAUUUUCCUUCCUCUGUUUGAGGUUACUAUCGAUCCAGCUUCACACCCACAGCUCCAUGUCUUCUUAAAGCAGGUUGUAGGGUUGGAUCUGGUUGACGAUGAAAGUAAACCAGAAAGGCGGCCAACUAAGCACAUGCCCACACCCGAACAAUGGACCAAUGUGUUCAACCCUGCAUUUUCAUAUUAUGCGUACUACUGCUAUGCUAACUUAUACACACUAAACAAGCUGCGUGAGUCAAAGGGGAUGACCACUAUCAAAUUCCGUCCACAUGCUGGGGAGGCUGGAGAUAUUGAUCACUUAGCUGCGACAUUUCUUCUUUGUCACAACAUAUCACAUGGAAUCAAUUUAAGGAAGUCUCCUGUGCUUCAGUACUUGUACUACCUUGGUCAGAUUGGUCUGGCAAUGUCCCCAUUGAGCAACAACUCCUUGUUUCUUGAUUAUCAUCGCAACCCUUUCCCAAUGUUCUUCCAGCGAGGUCUGAAUGUCUCACUGUCUACGGAUGAUCCGUUGCAAAUUCACCUGACAAAAGAACCAUUGGUGGAAGAAUACAGCAUUGCUGCUUCGCUGUGGAAGCUCAGUUCUUGUGAUUUAUGUGAAAUUGCGAGGAAUUCUGUCUAUCAAUCUGGAUUUUCACAUGCUCUCAAGGCACACUGGAUUGGGAAGAACUACUUCAAGAGAGGCCCUGCUGGAAAUGAUAUUCACAGAACGAAUGUACCGCACAUCAGGGUCCAAUUUAGAGACAUGAUCUGGAGAAAUGAAAUGAAACUGGUUUACCUGAACAACAACAUCUUAAUAUCUGAAGACCUGGACCAGUAAGAUGUCUGCCCUUGUGUAUAUCCCAUAUUUGCUGUGGGAAGCAUACUUCAUGUUUGGCCGCUGGAAGUAGGCAUGAGGAGCUAUGUGAUCUGGAGUGCCUCAGCCGGCAAAACUCCCAUAAAUGCCCCAAGCACACCGAAGGAUAGAAUACCUAAAAUAAUAAUGAGGCGAAGUGAAGCGGCACACAGGUGUGUGCUGGGUUGCGUUAUAGAGGGUGCAUUGUGAGGUGCAACUUGUAAAGAAUGUAAUCGACAGUUGAUGAACUCCGGUUAGACUUUACCAUGCGAAUAAAGUGCUGCCGCUUGCCCUGAGGAAAUUGGAAAUCGAACUAGAUCGCAUUCUUCAA